CUUACACGCCAGGCCCCGCUUGGUGCCGGCGGAAGUGACAGGGCCCCGUGGCUGUCUCCUGGCACCGGUCCAUGAGCCAGGGACCUGGUCACCCUUGUGCCUUGUCCGAUGGGGACACUGAGGCACGGAGCCGGACAGUGACUCAGACACCAGGUGAAUACCUCCUGCCGAGGACGAGGCUAGGACUUGUGGGGUCCCCACGGUGCUGGAUUGAGGCCUACAGGGGUGUCUUCACAGAGACCAGCAGGAUGUCGUAUUUUGGGGAGCAUUUUUGGGGCGAGAAGAACCAUGGCUUUGAGGUCCUGUAUCACAGCGUGAAGCAGGGGCCUAUCUCAACCAAGGAGCUGGCGGACUUCAUCCGGGAAAGGGCCACCAUCGAGGAGACGUAUUCGAAGGCGAUGGCAAAACUUUCCAAGCUGGCCAGCAACGGGACCCCCAUGGGGACCUUUGCCCCGCUCUGGGAGGUGUUCCGUGUGUCCUCGGACAAGCUGGCUCUCUGUCACCUGGAGCUGACACGGAAGCUGCAGGACCUCAUCAAAGAUGUACUCCGCUAUGGGGAAGAGCAGCUGAAGACGCACAAGAAGUGCAAAGAUGAGGUGGUGGGUACCCUGGACGCCGUGCAGGUCCUCACAGGGGUCAGCCAGCUCCUGCCCAAAUCCCGGGAGAACUACCUGAACCGAACGUGCAUGGACCAGGAGCGGCUGCGCAGGGAGAGCAGCAGCCAGAAGGAUAUUGACAAGGCAGAGACCAAAACUAAGAAGGCGGCGGAGAGCCUGCGGCGAUCCGUGGAGAAGUACAACUCCGCGCGGGCGGACUUCGAGCAGAAAAUGCUGGAUUCCGCUCUGCGCUUCCAAGCCAUGGAGGAGACCCACUUGCGGCACAUGAAGGCGUUGCUGGGCUCCUAUGCCCAUUCGGUGGAGGACACCCAUGUCCAGAUCGGCCAGGUGCACGAGGAGUUUAAGCAGAACAUAGAGAACGUCAGCGUGGAAAUGCUGAUCCGGAAGUUUGCCGAGAGCAAAGGCACCGGCCAAGAGAAACCAAGCCCUUUGGACUUUGAGGCGUACAGCGCGGCUGUCCUACAGGAAGCCAUGAAACGUUUGCGGGGAGCUAAGGCCUUUCGCCUUCCCGGACUCAGCCGGCGGGAGCGGGAGCCACGUGCAGCUGUCGACGUCCUGGAGCCCGAUUCAGGGACGUGUCCAGAAGUGGAUGAAGAAGGUUUCACUGUCCGACCUGACGUGACCCAGAACAGCACCGCCGAGCCCUCCCGCUUCUCAUCCAGCGACUCGGACUUCGAUGACGAAGAGCCCCGCAAGUUCUACGUGCACAUUAAGCCUCCCCCAGCCCGGGCUCCAGCCUGCAGCUCUGAGGCCGCAGCGGCUCAGCUCAGGGCCACAGCUGGCAGCCUCAUUCUUCCUCCUGGCCCAGGGGGCACCAUGAAACGCCACUCUUCACGGGACGCUGCUGGGAAACCACAGAGACCUCGAUCUGCCCCGAGGGCCGGCAGCUGUGCAGAGAAGCUGCUGUCGGAUGAACAGGUGUCCAAGAACCUCUUUGGGCCGCCCCUGGAGUCUGCCUUUGACCAUGAAGAUUUUACAGGCUCAAGCAGUCUGGGUUUCACAUCCAGCCCCUCCCCUUUCUCCUCCUCGUCUCCGGAGAACGUGGAAGACUCCGGCCUCGACUCGCCGUCCCAUGCAGCACCUGGUCCCUCUCCAGAUUCCUGGGUACCCCGCCCGGGCACCCCACAGAGCCCACCCAGCUGUAGGGCAUCGCACCCUGAGUUGAGGAGUACACGGGCCCAGCUGGCACCAGACUCACCGCAGCCCCUCGCUCCGUCUCCCGGCCCUUGGGGACUGGAGCCCAGGACAGGAGGAGACCUGAUACCCGCCGCUGCUGACUCUGCAGCCAGGGAGGGCCUAGCAGCUCCACCCCGGAGACCCCGCACGAGGAAAGUGUCCUGUCCCUUGACGCGCAGCAACGGGGACCUGUCUCGUUCCCUGAGUCCCUCUCCACUGGGCACUUCGGCCCCCAGCGCUGUCCCCGAACGUCCCAGCUUCUCAUCACAGACGAGCCAUGGAGUCUCCCGGGGCCCAAGCCCUGUGGUCCUAGGCUCCCAAGAUGCCCUGCCCGUGGCUACAGCCUUCACUGAGUACGUCCACGCCUACUUCCGUGGCCAUAACACCAGCUGCCUCGCUCGAGUUACUGGGGAGCUCACCAUGACCUUCCCAGCCGGCAUCGUGCGGGUGUUCAGCGGGACGCCACCUCCGCCUGUCCUCAGCUUCCGGCUCAUACACACGGCCCCCAUUGAACACUUCCAGCCCAACGCGGAUCUGGUCUUUAGUGACCCCUCCCAGAGUGACCCUGAGGCCAAAGAUUUCUGGCUCAAUAUGGCCACUCUGACGGAAGCCCUGCAGCAGCAGGCCGAGCAGAACCCGGCUGCCUCCUACUACAACGUGGUGCUGCUAAAAUACCAGUUCUCCCGCCCGGGUCCCCAGUCCGUGCCUCUGCAGCUCAGCGCCCACUGGCAGUGCGGGGCGACCCUCACCCAGGUCUCGGUGGAGUACAGCUACCGGCCUGGCGCCACGGCCGUGCCCACGCCGCUCACCAAUGUCCAGAUCUUGCUGCCUGUGGGCGAACCCGUGACCAAUGUCCGCCUGCAGCCGGCCGCCACCUGGAACCUGGAGGAGAAAAGGCUCAUGUGGAAGCUUCCAGAUGUGUCUGAGGCAGGGGGCUCCGGCCGCCUGUCUGUCAGCUGGGAGCCGCUGUCGGGGCCCAGCACGCCCAGCCCUGUGGCCGCUCAGUUCACCAGCGAAGGGGCCACCCUGUCCGGCGUGGACGUGGAGCUGGUGGGCGGUGGCUACCGCAUGUCGCUGGUCAAGAGGAGGUUCGCCACAGGGAUGUACCUCGUGAGCUGCUAAAGCCCUCCGGCCCCAGCUCUGCACUGAGACCUGGUGCUCGUUGACCGCUCCCUGCUCUCCUGCUGGACGCCGGGGUCCCCCACCCCACCUCCCUGAGGCCUGCAGUCUGGGGAGAAGAGCUCCCCCAGAAUGUGCUCUUCCACCUGGCAAACCCCACACAGGCCCUGGCCUUCUAAUGUUCUUUGAAUAAACACUUUAUUUUCUAAUAAAAUUCAAAAGGCAA